CACUCACGGUCUUGAGCAUCACUUCACUGUCUUCUUCUUUCAGCUCUGCUUCCUUCUCAGCCUCCAUUAACGCCCGACAAUGGCCUCGGCUCACCUCGUCGCCGUCACCUUCGCCCUCCUGGCCACCGCUAUUUCGGCCCACAACAUUACCGACAUACUCGAUGGCUUCCCCGAGUACUCCCUCUUCAACUCCUACCUCAGCCAGACGAAGCUCGCCGACGAGAUCAACAGCCGCCAGACCCUCACCGUCCUCGCCCUCGACAACGCCGCCAUGUCGGCGCUCGCUGGCAAGAAGCCCCUCUCAGUCAUCAAGAAUGAGCUCGAGAUCCACGUCGUCCUCGACUACUUCGACCCCCAGAAGCUCCACCAGAUCCCCGACGGUUCCACCCUCUCCACCACCCUCUACCAGACCACCGGCAAUGCCCCCGGCAACAUCGGCUUCGUCAACAUUACCGUCCUGCAGGGAGGCAAGGUCGGGUUUGGCCCCGCCGCCCCCGGCUCCAAGCUCGACUCCACUUAUACCAAGUCAGUGAAGCAGAUCCCGUACAACAUCUCCAUCAUCCAGAUCAGUGCCCCCAUCGUCGUGCCGCAGAUCGUGAACGCCCCGGCCCCGACUGCCUCGGGCUCCAACAUCACCGCCCUCCUCGAGAAGGCCGGCUGCAAGACGUUCGCGAGCCUGCUCAUCUCCAGCGGCGUCAUCAAGACGUAUGAGUCGGCCAUUGACAAAGGCCUGACGGUUUUCGCCCCCAAUGACGAGGCGUUCAAGGCCAAGGGCGUGCCGGAUCUCGGCAAGCUCACCAAUGCCGAGCUCGUCUCCCUCCUACAGUACCACGCCGUUCCCUCGUACACUCCGAUUGGCUCCCUGAAGAGCAGCAAGGACCCGAUCAGCACUCUCGCGACUAAUGGAGCCGCCAAGUAUGACUUCACUGUGAAGACCGCCGGCGACUCGGUGACACUCGACACCGGGGUUGGCUCCUCCAGGGUGGCGAGCACCAUCAUCGACUCCACGCCGUUCGCCAUCUUCGCCGUAGACAACGUCCUCCUCCCGACCGAGCUGUUCGGGAACUCGCCAUCAUCUGCGCCAGCGCCCGAGCCCGUCAGCGCGCCAUCCCCGGCGCCGGUCGCCUCGGCUCCAGGCCCAGCAGUGGAGGCUUCCUCGCCGCUGGCAGCCUCGCCUCCUGCACCGCCAAUGGACACGCCGGAGGGAUCGCCCGCCGGCGCACCCGCGGCGAAGUCGGAGAACAGCACCUCGGAUAACGCCGCGGUUCACGUGAAGGCACCUGCAAUGCUCGCAGUGCUUCUUCUCACAGUGUCUGCCACUGUUAUUUCCUCUCUUUUCUUGUCCUGAAUGGUAAUUUUACCACGAGAUUUUUCUUGCCUUAAUUAAUUAUUAUUGUCAUUAAUUAUCUCAUUUUGUAUCUUGAUUUUUGUUUUUGUUGGAGAGAGAUUCUAAUUUUUAUUUCGUUUUAUUUAUUUAAUUCAUAUAUUGUGGUUCGAGCUGCGUAUUAUUUAUGGCCACCACCCCUUUUGGAGUA